AUGCCGCCCAACCGCAUCGAACAGGAUGAAAUCGAAAAGUACUGGGAGAUCUUCAGCUCCCUGUCCAACGGGGGCACCCACCUCGACGGCGUGCAGGCCGCGCCGGUGCUCAAGAACUCGCACCUCCGCGACGACCAGCUAGAGCGCGUAUGGGACCUCGCCGACGUGGACAACGACGGCAAGCUCGACUUCGAGGAGUUCUGCGUCGCCAUGCGCCUCAUCUUCGAUCUCAUCAACGGCGUGUCCUCGGAUGUCCCGCAAUCGCUGCCCGACUGGCUCGUCCCCGAAUCAAAGGCCCACCUCGUCCAGGCCACGCGCGCGCUCUCAGGCUCUCAGACAGCCUUUGAGACGGUCGACGACGACGACACCCCCGGUCUGCGCGACGGCUUCGACUGGUACAUGAGCCCGAGCGACAAGAGCAAGUACGAGGAAAUCUACACGGCGAACCGCGACGCCCACGGCAACAUAUCCUUCGACUCGCUCGCCGGCCUGUUCGACUCGCUGGACAACGUCCCGGACAGCGACGUGCGCUUUGCAUGGAACCUCGUCAACCCCAAAGCCCGCGAGAGCGUAGCCAAGGACGCAACCCUCGCCUUCCUCCACAUCCUCAACCAGCGCAGCGAGGGCUACCGCGUGCCCCGCAGCGUUCCACCAAGCUUGCGAGCGAGCUUCGAAAAAGCGCACAUCGAUUACGACGUCAACUACGCCGGGACAAACCGCUGGGCGACCAGCCACGACGAGAGCACCAGCACAGGGCGAAAAGCAAAGUUUGGCGACGCAUACUUGACGCGACUAGGUGUCGGCGACCGCGCAGCCAACUACGGCGCCCGCGCAAAGGGGACCGACUUUGGCGGCCGCACCACAGAAGACUGGGAGGAGGUGCGGCUGAAGAAGCAGCUGAAGGAGCUCGAGUCCAAGAUCGCCGACGUGGAGAAAGAAGCCGAAAACCGGCGGCACGGGCGGAGCAAGGACUCAACGCCCGCACUGGUCAAGCGCGAGCUGGAGAGCUUGCUCGACUACAAGAGAAACGUGUUACGGGACCUGGACAAUGACGAGGGCGGCGCAGUAAAGGGUUUGGGCGGGAUCAGGGAGGAAAUCGACACAGUCAAAGAGCAAGUCGAGGGGCUGGAGAGCCAUUUGCAGAGGCGCAACGACGUCCUUGAGGAUCUGAGGCGGCAGAUUGACGACGAGAAGGCGCGGUGA